ACCGAGCGGCCGGGACCCAGCGCGGGGCCCGGAACGGCCGCCCAGCCAGGGCGGGAGCCUGGAGGCUGGACCGGCCCCACUUCGGCCGCCGCGCUCGUAGCUCUGUCCUCCGCCCCGCGGCGCAGGACCCUGCGGCCACUCGCCAUGGCCCAGCGGCACUCGGACAGCUCCUUGGAGGAGAAGCUCCUGGAAUACCGCUUUCACUCGGAGCUGCGGCUCGACGCCAAAGGAAACCCAGCAUCCGGGCUCCCGAUGGUCCGGGGCUCCCUGCCAGCCAGGAGCAAUGCCGCCUUCCAGCCUGACACCCCGGCACCCCCAGCACCAUCCCCCGAGGCCCAGGAGCCGAGGGCCAUCGUCUUGAGCACACAAAGCCCGGCGGCCCUCAAGAUGGGCACCCAGCAGCUGAUCCCCAGGAGCCUGGCCGUGUCCAGCAAGGCUAAGACCCCGGCCCGCCAUCAGAGCUUCGGGGCGGCCGUGCUCAGCAAGGAGGCCGCCCGGCGGGACCCCCGGCUCCUCUCAGCCCCCAGCUUCUCCCUGGACGACAUGGACGUGGACAUGGUGCCCGGAGGGAUGCUGAGACGAAACCUGCGGAACCAGUCCUACCGGGCGGCCAUGAAGGGCCUGGGGACCCCGGGCGGCGAGGGGGACACUGUCCAGCUCACCCCCAAGCUGCAGGCUCUGGCUGAGGAGCCCAGCCAGCCUGCUCGGUGCGCAGCCAAAAAUAAGAAGACACUGGGGCGGAAACGCGCACACAAGGGCUCCUUCAAAGACGACCCCCGGUUCUACCAGGAGAUCCGGGAGCGAGGCCUGAACACCAGCCACGAGUCCGACGAUGACUUGCUGGAUGAGUCCUCCGGCCCUGAGGGACCCCGAAAGGUGGACGCCCCUAUCGUGGUCAAGAGCUACCGGCCCCCCCAGAUCACCUGGAGCCAACUCCCUGAGGUGGUGGAGUCGGGCAUCCUGGACAAGCUACCAGCCGAGGAGCGCAAGAGGCAGGAGGCCAUCUUCGAGAUCCUCACGUCCGAGUUCUCGUACCAGCACAGCCUUGGUAUCCUGGUGGCCGAGUUCCUGCAGUCCAGAGAGCUGCGGGCCACCAUGACCCAGACGGAGCACCACCACCUCUUUUCCAACAUCACGGACGUCCUGGGCGCCAGUCGGAAGUUCUUUGAGGACCUGGAGCAGCGGCACAAGGUGCAGGUGUGCGUGGAGGACAUCAGCGACAUCCUGGAGGAGCACGCGGAGAAGCACUUCCACCCCUACGUCGCCUACUGCUCCAACGAGGUCUACCAGCAGCGCGCCCUGCAGAAGCUGACAAGCAGCAACGCCGCCUUCCGAGAGGCCCUGAGGGAGAUCGAGCAGCGGCCGGCGUGCGGGGGUCUGCCCAUGAUCUCCUUCCUGAUACUGCCCAUGCAGCGGGUCACGCGGCUGCCCCUCCUGACAGACACACUCUGCCUAAAGACCCAGGGCCAUCCCGAGAGGUACAGGGCCGCCAGCCGUGCACUCAAGGCCAUCAGCAAGCUGGUGAAGCAAUGCAACGAGGGGGCCCACAAGAUGGAACGCACGGAGCAGAUGUACACGCUGCACACACAGCUGGACUUCAGCAAAGUCAAGUCCCUCCCGCUCAUCUCUGCCUCCCGCUGGCUGCUGAAGCGCGGAGAGCUCUUCAUGGUGGAAGAAACCGGGCUUUUCCGAAAGCUCGCCAGCCGGCCGACAUGCUACCUGUUCCUGUUCAAUGACGUCCUGGUGGUCACCAAGAAGAAGAGCGAGGACAGCUUCGUGGUCCAGGACUACGCCCAGGUGGACCACAUCCAGGUCCAGAAGAUGGAGCCCUCGGAGCCCUCUCUGCCAGGGGGCGGCAACCGCUGCUCCUCCGUGCCGCACCCCUUCCAGCUGACUCUGCUGCACAACAGCGAGGGCCGCCAGGAGAGGCUCCUGCUGUCCUCCGACUCCGCGAGCGACCGGGCGCGGUGGGUCACGGCCCUCACGCACAAGGAGCGGCAGGAGCGGGGCCCCACCAACAAAGGAGACCUGCUCCAGGUGGAGAUCACCAAGGCCUACUUGGCCAAGCAGGUGGACGAGAUCACGCUGCAGCAGGCAGAUGUGGUCCUGGUCCUGGAGCACGAGGAUGGAUGGUUCUAUGGCGAGAGGCUGCGGGAUGGAGAAACCGGCUGGUUCCCCGAGGACUUUGCCCGGAGCAUCACGAGCCGCGAGGCCGUGGAGGACAACGUGCGCAGGAUGGAGCGGCUGCGGGUGGAGACGGACGUGUAGCCGGGCCUGCGGGCACAUCGCCAGGCCCUGCUGUGGUCCACACUCCAGCAAGUGGCCGUGCCCAUCUCCAGGGGGCCUGGAAGUUCCCUGGUCCCCCUGAGGCCCCACGGGCUGCAGCACAUGCUCCAGACACUUCCAAGGAGGAAGGUCCUGCCUGCUCGUCGGGGAGCGCCCGCCAGACGGGCUCACGGAGCCGUGCCAGCCCGGGCCCAGCUGUGUCACCGGGAGGAGCCCAGCCCGGCCCUGUGCCCUGCUGCUGGCUGCGCCCUCCCCCAGCUCCUGGCCGCCCCACUCUGCCCUCCUGUGCACCCGCAGGGCAGUUGUGCUGUGGGCGUGAGAUAGAGGGAUGACCCUGAGGGUGCUCCUCCCACGGCGCUCCUGCCCCAGUGCAAGACGAAGCGGGCCUGGAGGCCCCGGGGCUGCCCCGCGCCCGGGGGCAGGUGGGCAGUGGAGGGAGGUGAUCCUGCAGCGCCGUCCCUGGAACUGUGACUGAGACAUUAAAGUGUUUCUGUAAUGCCUGAAUGUG